GAGAACGACUCCUGUUUCUUAAAACAAGUCUGAUUGUGCAAAAGUAUAGGGUUAAAUGGCCAUGCUUCACAGUUGAUUUAUUACGUCAGUUAAAAUUUUAAAUAUCAGUUUAUGAGCUCAAUAGUUUAAAGUGUUCUUCAAUAACGCAUUUAACGUUAGUUAAUGAUGGUCCCAUUUAGAGUAAAACAGAAAAAGCAGGAUAUGCAUUAAGUCCGGUCUGAAGGGAGCGGUAUGGCGAGGACUGAUGCUACGCGAACACACUAUAAAAGCGACUGACUCCGAAAAGCAACGGUGACGGCCGUUAAUUGCGGACAAAACAAUGGCAACUAAAAGCAGAGACAGCGGCGAAGUUAUCAAAAACUACCACAAACAGGCGUUCGAGUACGUUUCCAAGGCACUACGGAUCGACGAAGACGAUUCCGGAGAUAAAGAGGAGGCGGCGCAGUGGUACAAGAAGGGCAUUUCUGAGCUUCAGAGGGGGAUCGCGGUAGAGAUCACCGGACAAGCAGGAGAGCAGUAUGACAGAUCCAAGAGACUACAAGAUAAAAUGGUCACCAAUCUCACCAUGGCCAGAGAGCGGCUGGCUCUUCUGGAGGAGACCAUGGCAUCUAAAAGGAGAAGCAAUCCACAGAGGACCCCGAGUCGUGAUCUUCCACAACCAAAGCCUGUCCCUAAAAGCCAGCCUGCGGCGCGAGCCACGUCCACCAACGCCCGGCCCUCCACCUUCGCUAAACCCGCUUCCAGACCCACCGACCCGAAGGUGACACCGCGGGUUGGAAAACCUCAAAAUGGAAAAGCCACAGGUGUAAGAAACGCCCCGAAAAGGGAUAUGAAGAACUUUAAGAAUGUGGACAGCAAACUGGCCAACUUGAUUAUGAAUGAAAUUGUCGACAGCGGGGCGUCUGUAUCCUUUGGCGACAUUGCGGGGCAGAACGUGGCCAAGCAAGCGCUCCAAGAAAUUGUCAUUCUCCCUGCCUUAAGACCGGAGCUCUUCACCGGCCUGAGAGCUCCGGCACGGGGCUUGCUUUUAUUUGGCCCGCCUGGAAAUGGCAAAACCAUGUUGGCCAAAGCAGUCGCAGCCGAGUCCAAUUCAACAUUCUUCAACAUCAGCGCAGCCACUUUGACGUCUAAAUAUGUGGGAGAGGGAGAGAAGCUCGUACGAGCACUGUUUGCAGUGGCCAGAGAACUGCAGCCCUCUGUCAUCUUCAUUGAUGAAGUUGACAGCUUGCUUUGUGAAAGGAGGGAGGGAGAACAUGACGCCUCUCGGCGAUUAAAAACCGAGUUCCUCAUUGAGUUCGAUGGGGUGCAGUCAGGAGCGGAUGACCGGGUGCUCGUGAUGGGAGCGACCAACAGGCCUCAGGAGCUCGACGAAGCAGUGCUGAGGCGCUUUGCAAAAAGGAUUUAUGUGGCAUUGCCUGAUGCAGAGACAAGACUAACGCUGCUGAAAAACCUUUUGGAAAAGCAUCGGAAUCCAUUGAGCACAAAUGAGCUUUCCUCUCUCGCAAAAAUGACUGCGGGAUAUUCGGGAAGUGAUCUCACGUCAUUAGCCAAAGAUGCCGCCCUUGGGCCAAUUAGAGAAUUGUGUCCCGACCAAGUUCGAAGUAUGGCUGCUAGUGAGAUGCGUAACAUCAAGAUGAAAGACUUUGAGGAUUCCCUGAAGCGCAUUAAGCCCAGCGUUAGCUCAACGACUCUCAAUAUGUAUACCAAAUGGAACAAAGAAUUCGGAGACACAACAGCCUUUUGAACUACUAAACUAAAAAGACAGAAAAUAAACUCACGUGAAGUUUUCUGUUUUAUUUUGUAAAUGAGAUGUCAUUCACAUAAAUAAACAAACCCUUCUAGGUUAGUAAAGCUAUAAUGUAUAAAUAUGUUUUUGGAGAAGGCUUUGCUACUAAAGCACUGUGCUGCACUUGAAAUUGUAUUUAUUUAUUGACAUGAGUGUUCGGCAAGUGAUCUUUCUUUCUCUUGCCUCAAGAGGGCAGCAAGCCUCUAGAUUCUGACAUUGUUCACAGAGCAGAAUCAUUUUACACAUGCGUUUGUCACCUGUUACACAUGUAACAUGUCAAAACAAGUUGACGGUAUCAAUCAACAUGUGCUCUCUGCACGUGCGCAUGCAAGUAUGAAUUGGGAGAAGAGUUGGGUACAUUUGGUGAAUUUGUAUCAUAACCAUAUUUCCUUUUUUUUUUAUUUCCAGUUUGCAUUUCUGGUUUUUAGGUACUGCUGCUUGUAUUAUCUUAGAAAGUUGGACAUAUAAUGAAUUGUUGUGUUGGCCCACUCAAGUUGGAAAUUAUUAUGGAGCAGAACUGCAAAAUCUCUUCAUUCAUCAAUAAAUACAAUCAUUAAAACAUUA